UAAUAAAUACUAGCAAUAGCAUGAACAAAAGUUUGCUGCGAAAGACCAAAAUGAAUAGCGCAUCAAAUCUAAAAGCGCGGCUCCUCUUUGUUUUAGCCAUAACUUUUGUUGGCAACUCAAGACUAGCUGCAGGAAGUAAUCAGAACGCUGGAAGAAAACUUGAUGAAAUUCCCGGUUUCAUUACCAUUGAUUGUGGCGGCAAUGAGGAUUACAUUGAUGAGGAAACCAAAAUCCCUUACAUGUCAGAUAAAGAAUUGAUAGACACUGGAAUAGUUAAGGCGGUAUCCCCUGAUUCACUUGGAAAUCUUCAACAGUACGCCAAGAACUUGAGAAGUUUUCCCAAUGGCACAAGGAAUUGUUACACCCUGAGACCAGAGCAAGGCAAAAACAAUAAUUAUUUGAUCAGGGCAAGAUUCGUAUAUGGGAAUUACGAUGGUGAAAACCAGGAACCAAUAUUCGACCUACAUCUUGGGGUUAAUGAAUGGACAACAGUAAAUUUAACAGAAAUUAGACCAUUUGGUGAUUAUUAUGACAUCAUUCAUGUUCCCUUGACGGAUUACAUAGAUGUGUGUCUAGUAAAUACUGGUCAUGGGGUGCCCUUUAUUUCAGCAUUGGAACUGCGGCAUUUGGACAAUUCCAUUUAUCAAACUCAUGGCAGGGCACUUACAAAAAUAAGGGGAUAUGACAUUGGCAGGAACUUUUCUGACUUUAGCAUCAGGUAUCCAAAUGAUACCUAUGAUCGCAGUUGGAAACCUGUACUAUUUGAUUGGAUCCCAAUUACAACAGGCUCAACCAUUUACAGUGAGAGCAGUGAGAAUCCUUAUAAUUUACCAGAAGUAGUAUUGAGGACUGCUGCCAAAACACAGAACUCAAGCUUGCCCUUGAGCUUAUACUGGAGUCCUCCAGAUUCUAUUUCAAAAUGCUAUGUUUACUUUCACUUUGUUGAGAUUGAGAAGCAUGAAGCUGGCCAGCAGAGGGAAUUGAAAAUUGAUUUGAACGGUGAGCGCUACCUGACAGAAUCUGUUAAACUGGAUUACCUAAAACCACAAACCAUAGCCCAAAACGAACCACCAAUUAGUGGAGAGCGGAUUCACUUUUCAAUAUCUGCAGCUGAGGGAACUAAGCUUCCUCCAAUCCUCAAUGCUCUUGAGAUUUUUGUGUUGAAAGAUCUCCCAAAUAAACCAACUGCCAUAGAUGAUGUUGAGGCUAUCACAGACAUCAAGAAACUUUACAAUGUGACUAGAAACUGGCAAGGCGAUCCAUGUGUCCCAAGUGAAUACUCUUGGGAUGGUUUGAACUGCAGUGGUGACAAUCAUCCAAGGAUCAUCUCACUGAACUUGAGCUCAAGCAAUUUGACAGGGGAGAUUGCAACUUCGUUCUCCAAUCUCAAGGCAAUGCAGUCCUUGGAUUUAUCAUACAAUGACUUAACUGGGCCACUGCCAGAAUUUUUGUCAGAACUACCGAAUUUGAACACCCUUAUUUUAAGUGGGAACAACCUCACAGGUUCAGUUCCUGAGGCUCUUCUGCAGAAAUUUAGGGAUGGGAAAUUGGCCUUGAGUGUUGGCGAAAAUCCAGAUCUUUGUCCGUCAGUUCCAUGCAAGAGAAAGAAGAAAAAGGAGGUUGUUGUUCCAAUUGUUGCAUCAUCUAUAGCAGCAGUCCUGGCCCUUCUCUUCAUCUUUAGUGCUUUGGUUAUCUAUAGAAGGAAAAGAAAAGGAGAUAUGGUUACCAAAUCCAACAUCAAAUCAAAGAAUCAACAGUAUAGCUACUCAGAAGUUGUGAGCAUAACUAAUAACUUUAAAACCAUCAUUGGAGGAGGAGGAUUUGGAAAAGUGUACCUUGGCAAACUGAAAGAUGAAACUCAAGUUGCUGUUAAGUUGCUCUCUGCUUCUUCAAACCAAGGCUAUAAGGAAUUUCGAGCAGAGGCACAACUUUUAAUGAUAGUUCAUCAUAAAAACUUGGUUUCUCUUGUUGGAUACUGUGAUGAGGGUGCAAAAAAGGCACUCAUAUAUGAGUAUAUGGCUAAUGGCAAUUUGCUCCAGCAUUUAUCAGUGACGAACACAAAUGUAUUAACUUGGAACGAGAGAAUUCAUAUUGCAGUGGAUGCAGCACAUGGGUUGGAGUAUCUACAUAAUGGUUGCAAGCCACCUAUAAUCCAUAGAGAUUUGAAGCCCUCCAACAUUUUAUUAAAUGAACACAUGCAAGCCAAGAUAGCUGAUUUUGGGCUGUCUAGAGCCUUUGCAACUGAAAAUGACUCUCAUGUGUCAACUCGCCCAGCUGGUACAUUAGGAUACGUUGAUCCUGAAUUUCAAUCAUCUGGAAACUUUAAUAAGAAAAGCGAUGUCUAUAGCUUUGGGAUUAUUUUGUUUGAGCUAAUCACUGGCCGCACUGCAAUAGUACGAGGCCCUGUGAGAAACAAUCACAUACUUGACUGGGUUAAUCCUUUGAUUGAAAGGGGUGAUGUUCAAAACAUUAUUGAUCCAAGAUUAGAAGGAGAAUUCAAUAGUACUUCUGCCUGGAAAGCUAUAGAGAUAGCCAUGUCAUGCAUACCAUCAUAUGCUAUCCAAAGGCCAGACAUGAGUUAUGUGUUGGCAGAACUUAAAGAAUGUUUAGCUCUGGAGAUGGCUCAUGAAAGAACUCAAAGGAUGGCAACUGAGGGCAAUUUAACAACUUCAAACAUUCCAUUUAAAAUAACCCAUUUGAAGUAUGAAUCAGAUAUUGUGCCCCAUAGUAGGUAGAAUUUUAUUUUUGAAUAUUUGAUAGUUGGGGAGGGGGCAUUAGAACUUGGACAUUUUCGUUGAAAACACUAGAAAGUGUCAAUAGAGUUCUAAAGCUUGUGACCCAUAUUAGGUAGUCAUCAAAUAAAAGACUAGUGGUCAGUUGUUCUUUGUAUGCUAUAUGACAAGUUUGCAUUAGUAUUUGACGAACUUUCCUAUAUCCUUGUUUUGUCUCUUGUUCAAUGAAAGUAUGAGCGUGUAUUAUAACUUGUUUCAUAUAUUUUCUAAUGGACAAGUAAAUUAUAAUUAUGCAUAA